AUGGCCAAACUUGUGCACAAUGUUCAGAAGAAACAGCAUCGUGAGCGUUCGCAAGUUGCGUCGCGUGCGCGGUUCGGCUUUCUAGAGAAACACAAGGACUAUGUGAAGCGUGCGCAGGACUACCACCGCAAGCAGGCGACGUUGAAGAUUCUUCGCGAAAAGGCACAGCAGCGGAACCCAGACGAGUUCUACCAUGGGAUGCACUCGCGGUCGGUGGACGCCAAGGGCCGUUUGAUGGUGUCGCGUCGCGGCGACGACGCGGCCGACGAGGGCCUCACAACGGCGCAGGUAAAGCUACUCAAGACGCAGGACGCCAACUACGUGCGGACGCUGCGGCAAAACGAGAAACAGAAACUGGAGCGCGAAACGGGCGCGGUGACGUUCCAGGCGAAGGGCAGCCACACGGUGUUCGUGGAGGACCGCGAGGCGCUCGAGACGUUUGACGCGGCGUCGCAUUUCAACACGACGCAGGAAAUGGUGGGCCGGCGCGAAAACCGGCUGACGCGCGAGCAGCUGGCCGACCACAGCCUCAAGGUGGGCGUCGACACGCUGGGGAUGUCAGCCGAGACGCUCGAGCGCAAGCGGCUGAAGCGGCUGCGCCAGAUCCAGCAGCAUCAAGCGCGCGAGAAACAGCUGGCAGGCGUGUUGGAGCGCAUGGAGACGCAGCGCGAGGGCAUGAAGAAGGGCUCCAAGAAGAAGGUGACGGACGCUGCGGGGCGCGUGACGUUCAAGUGGAAGAAGCAGCGCAAGAGGUGA